AUGUCGUACGGAAACAACACAAACAAAUUGAACUUAAUAAAAAGAAGAAGGGCAAAAAUUGCUAAAAGCUUUAGUGAUGGGAUUAAUUUUAAAGUGGACGUGGAAAUAGACGCUGAGGUCACAUACACAUUAAAAUCUGCAAAAGAUGAGAUUUUGAUAGACGAUCGUUCAAGAAGGCCGGUAUUGUUCCGAUUUGAAAGCCCUCAUUUUGAACCUACUGAUCGAAUAUAUUACAAAGUAUCUUCUGAUCUUAUUGAAGAACCACCAGUAAAUUGGAAUUGGCGUGUCGGAGAUAUUGAUUAUUUGUUGGAAAUUGAAGAUUUAGAAAAUGAAGCAAGGGAAGAGAAAGAUUUAAGUCAAUUGGAAGACUGA